AUGAAGUUAGUGAAACUACUAUAAAAAAUUGCUGCAGAGCUAUCAAGAUUAUAUUAGAAAUAAGCAAAUCGGAAGAAAGUGAAUCAGAUAAUAAAUUUCAAAAUAAGACUACUGAUAUAGAUGAUACUACUAUACUACUUAAAGACCUUUCAGCUAAAACUAACCUAACAAUUCAAGAACUAACAGAUAAUAUUGAAGAAUAUAUCCAAAUAAUUAAUCAACUAGCUGUGACAGAGGAUAUACUAACUGAUGAAGAUAUUAUUGAAAUGAUAAUAGACGAAUUUUGUAAAGAUAAAACUAAUGAUGAUAAUAAAAAUGAUGAAGAACUACUACUACCUUAA